AUGCUGUACUUGCCGAACCUCAUCAUUGUACCCCAGCCGAACCUCAUCAUUGUACCCCAGCCGAACCUCAUCAUUGUACCCCAGCCGAACCUCAUCAUUGUACACCAGCCGAACCUCAUCAUUGUACCCCAGCCGAACCUCAUCAUUGUACACCAGCCGAACCUCAUCAUUGUACACCAGCCGAACCUCAUCAUUGUACACCAGCCGAACCUCAUCAUUGUACACCAGCCGAACCUCAUCAUUGUACACCAGCCGAACCUCAUCAUUGUACCCCAGCCGAACCUCAUCAUUGUACACCAGCCGAACCUCAUCAUUGUACACCAGCCGAACCUCAUCAUUGUACACCAGCCGAACCUCAUCAUUGUACACCAGCCGAACCUCAUCAUUGUACACCAGCCGAACCUCAUCAUUGUACCCUCACACACACUAGUGGUAAUAUCAAGACGCUUUUCUUCUGUUAUGUUUUCCUCACAAAUGAUUUAG